GGGAGGAGCUGGAUCGUGAAGCGGAGUUAUGAAGAUUUCAGAGUCCUUGAUAAACAUCUUCACCUAUGUAUUUAUGACCGGCGCUUCUCCCAGCUCUCAGAGCUACCCCGCUCCGAUGCCCUGAAGGACAGUCCAGAGCUUGUCACCCAGAUGCUGAUGGCUUACCUGUCACGUCUCUCAGCCAUCGCAGGCAACAAGAUAAACUGUGGGCCUGCUCUCACAUGGAUGGAGAUUGAUAACAAGGGGAAUCACCUGCUAGUCCAUGAGGAAUCAUCCAUUAACGUCCCUGCGAUCGCUGCUGCCCAUGUUAUUAAGAGAUAUAUUGCUCAAGCAGCAGACGAACUGUCCUUUGAGGUGGGAGACAUAGUGUCUGUUAUUGAUAUGCCACCGAAGGAGCUGACCACGUGGUGGAGGGGCAAACAUGGAUUUCAGGUUGGAUUUUUUCCCAGCGAGUGUGUUGAACUAAUCAACGACAAAGUUCCGCAGUCCGUGACCAACUCUGUGCCAAAACCAG